UGUAAUUACUUUUUUGAAAAAUAUAUUAGAAUACUUAAAAAAAAUUAUGAAUACUUUGUGGUGUAAGAGAGAUAAAAGCUGUCUGGGUAUGCAAGAAUCAUACUAUUAUAAUAGUGGUUAUAAUAAAAAUAACAAUCUGUAUCACAUAAGUGGUUUUCAUAGAAUUCCUAAAAGUUUCUACCAGCAUCUUAGUUUAUUAGUACAUAUGUGCACCUCUACAUAAAGACAUCUGGCAGAAACUACAUUAAACUUGUGUUCAUGAGUGCCAAGGAAUUAAAAAGUUCUUGUGUCAUUUCAAUUGCCAUAAGGAAAAAAAUAUAUAUUAAAGAGAAGGGCACAAAAUUAUUUCUAAAUGUCAAACAGAAAACGUUUUGUGCCUUUCUCUUAAAUUUAAGCACUCUUUGACCAUUGCAACUUUCUGUUCAACAAUAUGUAUGUUAGAUCCAGCUGGAAAACCUCAUAGGGUACUAUGGGAAGAUGAAAAUACACCAUUCAAUGGUAUCCCUUUUAUAAGGCUGGGGAGUCGAGUCCUUGAAUGUCAGCAUGGCACUGAUAGAAACAAAGCUGCCAAGAGAAAAUAUAAAGAAAACAGAAAGGAUGGUGAGCAUAGUUACCAUGUAAAAAAGAGGCGCCUUAUUCAAGAUACAAAAAAAAUGGAUUGCCCAGCAAAGAUAUACAUGAAAGAAGUAAUGUAUUUUCCAGAGUACAAGAUAGCUGCAAAUACCGAAAAAAGAAGAAAAACAAUGUCAAAAAAGCYCAGGGAAGAAUUAGCAAAAGAAAAAAUAGAAGGCAAGAAACGAGAAAUAUUGAUAACACUUYCUAGUGAUGAUGCCCACAAGAAUCACGUACAUGGGAAGGCAAGUGGUAUUCAACAGCAAGUUGACCCUACAGUAAUAAAAAAAAUUCAUGAGCUUGUUGGUAAAGGUGYUACCAAUGUCAAUGAAAUGCGAAGACAUCUWMGUGAAUAUGUACAGAAGGAAAUGUUCACAGGGCAGGAAAGCCCAAGCUUACUGAAUAGGAGGUUCUUUCCGUGGAAAAGUGAUGUACGAAACCACAUGUACWAGGCCACCAUCAAACAGAGGUUUGACAAAUGUGAUCAAACCAAUGUUGCAAGGAAAGUCGAAGAAUGGAAAAAAACGUACCCUAAUGACGACUUUUUUUUUCGUUGUUAUGCUGACGUAAUUGAUCCACCUUCCAACCUGACAAGUAGUGAAAAUGACCUAAAUGAAGAUGAAAUCAAGGUUGUUUCACACAUGUCAAAACAGAAAWUGAUGUUCAUUCAUCAGACAUCCUGGCAAAAGGYAUUGCUAAAGAAGUAUGGCAAUGAAAUAUGCCUCCUGGAUGCCACAUAUAAAACAACAAGAUAUGCUCUUCCUUUGUUUUUCCUGGCUGUGAAAUCAAAUGUUGACUAUCAGAUAGUUGCUUCCUUUGUUAUCCAAGAUGAAACAACGGAUUCAAUCAAGGAGCCAAUAGAAAAAAUAAAAGAAUGGAAUCCAGGGUGGAAACCGAAGUACUUUAUGACUGACUUCUGUCAGGAAGAGAUUACAGCAAUUGAAGAAAUAUUUGAUGGCAAGAGAUGGGUAUGGGCCUUUCGUACUUCUGGAUUCAACAUGAGAAUCAAUACCAACAAUGGUUUGGAGAGACAAAACCAGGUUUUUAAGUAUACAUACUUGAAAAAUUAUAAAARCAACAGCCUUUCUGGAAUGCUUUCUGUUUUAAUUGAAGAAUUUCUACCUGAUAAUCACAACAGGUAUAUGCAGUUGAACAUACGCUGCUCUAAUUCCUACAGAAAGUAUAACUCAAGCAUCCCUGAAUUCCUUUAUGACAAACCUCGAUUCUUAGUCAGCCACUGCCUUGAUAGGAUGGGAAGUGCAGCUGAAAUAACUGCAAAUUCUAUCAAACAACUGAAUGGCAAUGGAAACUUCAGGGUCAAGAGCCAAAGUAAUGAAAAUGUCAACUACCUUGUGUCCUUUGGUAAUGACAUGACGRUGCCCUCUUGUGAAUGCCAAGAUUGGAAACGAUCUUCCCUUCCCUGCAAGCACUUUCUGUCUAUCUUCCUUAACUUUCCUCAGUGGCAGUGGGACAGUUUCCCAAAUUGCUACAAAGAAUCCCCUUUCAUUACACUGGACAAGUCAGCAUUGGCAAUGAAUGUAGAUGACAUUGCUGAUGAUACUGACUUGGAUAUCACACCAUCAGAUCCAUCACUAAAGAAUAAUGUAACUGCAAAAUGUAAAAUCAAAAGUYUUCCCCCAAAACGAACAUUCAAAAGAACACAAGCGUCAAAGUGUCGCGAGCUAUUGGAUAAAAUCCGCUCACUGACAUUUUUAGUUAGAGACCAAGAAGCUUUGGAGGCAUUGGCAUUUCAACUUAAAGAAGCUAAUGAAACACUAGAAAGGUCAAUUGAACAUGAAGAUGGGUGUCUACUGGAACAAAAAAAUAAAAAAAUCCGUCGAGAUGUUCUACACGCCAGUGUGAAGCCUAUUAUAUAUCCUGAGCCGCUGAAGGGUUCCGAGCCUUUGGAAAUCGAUUCUGACAUUUCUCUUAUUUCACUCUACUACUUUUAA